AUGCGACUAUCCUCCAUCGUCCUUCCUGCGUUCUUCGUCCUGUUGGAGAUGUACCCCAUUCUCUUACAGUCGUACAUCUCUCCCACAAAAGAUCUUGUGUGCAUCACUCUCAUCUCCAUCCCUGCUUCGCACGGAAAUCUCGACGGAUUCGGUCACGGGCAGUCGAACCCCACGUAUCUCCUGGAAGUAUCGUCCGCGCAUGGCUCUCAGCCCGCCAGAUUCGUGCUAAGGAAGAAACCGCCUGGUCACCUGCUCAAGUCCGCUCAUGCCGUGGAGCGAGAAUUCCAGGUGCUGGCAGCGCUGGGCUCACCGGAUGCAGGAGCAGCGGUGCUCGUGCCGGCAGUGCACGCCCUCUGCACCGACCCCUCCGUUAUAGGCACGCCCUUUUACAUCAUGGACUUCGUCCCUGGCCGCAUCUUCACCGACCCUUGCCUCCCUGAUCUACCGCCUGCCGUCCGGACGCAGAUCUACACCGCGAUGGCCGGCACGCUUGCCGCCCUGCACUCCGCCCGCCUGCCCCAGCUGCAAAAAGACGGGUUCGGCCGGCCGGACAGCUACUGCCGGCGGCAGGUGGAGCGGUGGGCAAAGCAGUACGAGGCGUCUGUGAAAUCCAUAGGGGAGGAGUUUAGGGAAGAGGAUGUGAAGAUGAGGGGGCUGAUUGCGUGGCUGAGGGCGAAUGUGCGUGGGGAAGAUGCAGCAGCGGAGGGGGUGAUGCGAGGGGUGGUGCACGGGGACUUUCGGCUCGAUAACCUCGUGUUUCACCCCACAGUGGUGAGGAUGAGGGGGCUGAUUGCGUGGCUGAGGGCGAAUGUGCGUGGGGAAGAUGCAGCAGCGGAGGGAGGUGAGGCAAAGCAGUACGAGGCGUCAGUGAAAUCCAUAGGGGAAGAGUUUAGGGAGGAGGAUGAGAGGAUGAGGGGGCUGGUUGCGUGGCUGAGGGCGAAUGUGCGUGGGGAAGAUGCAGCAGCGGAAGGGGUGAUGCGAGGCGUGGUACAUGGGGACUUUCGACUGGAUAACCUCGUGUUUCAUCCCAUAGAGGUGAGAAUGAGGGGGCUGAUUGCGUGGCUGAGGGCGAAUGUGCGUGGGGAAGAUGCAGCAGCGGAAGGGGUGAUGCGAGGCGUGUACGAGGCGUCAGUGAAAUCCAUAGGGGAAGAGUUUAGGGAGGAGGAUGAGAGGAUGAGGGGGCUGGUUGCGUGGCUGAGGGCGAAUGUGCGUGGGGAAGAUGCAGCAGCGGAAGGGGUGAUGCGAGGCGUGGUGCAUGGGGACUUUCGCCUGGAUAACCUCGUGUUUCAUCCCAUAGAGGUGAGAAUGAGGGGGCUGAUUGCGUGGCUGAGGGCGAAUGUGCGUGGGGAAGAUGCAGCAGCGGAAGGGGUGAUGCGAGGCGUGGUGCAUGGGGACUUUCGACUCGAUAACCUCGUGUUUCAUCCCACAGAGCCGCGGGUGGUGGCUGUGCUGGACUGGGAGCUAUCCACGCUUGGAAACCAGAUGUCUGAUGUCGCCUACUGCUGCCUUCCGUACCACCUGCCGCCAUCCCAGCCAGGAGCCAUGCUGCCAUCUCUGGGCAUCACCCAGCUGCCAGGGGGGCCGGCAGCAGGACCGUUGCCUGCUGGCAUUCCCUCAGAGGCGCAGUUCGUGCGCACCUACUGCCACGAGAUACAGCGCCUGCAGGGCGUCAGCCUAUGGCCUGUUGACACCUGGCGCUUUUACGUGGCCCUUUCGCUUUUCCGCGGCGCUGCUAUCUUCACAGGAAUCUACCAACGCGCACUGCAGGUAGUGCAGAAUGAGAGAUACUGCAAUGAGUGGUUGCGCUUCUCCCACAUUGAUCGCAUCGCCGCAUUACAUGGGCAUGAAUCACCAUUCGGUCCCCCCUGCUCUUCCCUCCCCAGCUCGUCCUUCCUUACCUCUCUUCUCCCGUACACUGUCCUCCCCUCCUUCCCCCUCAGGGCAAUGCAUCAUCCAGCAGGGCAGGCCAGCCCGCGGGCCGAGGCGCUGAGGAGGCGAGUGGCGGAGUUUGUAACGCAAGAGGUGCUGCCUAUAGAGGGGAUACUGGAGGAGCAUGCAGUGGGGGAGGCACGAUGGACGAUUCACCCCCUGGUGGAGCAUUUGAAGGAAAAGGCCAAGCAGGCUGGUCUGUGGAACCUCUGGAUUCCUGCUCUGAGGCCCAUGCAGUGGGGCACGGUGGACGAUUCACCCCCUGGUGGAGCAAUUGAAGGGGAAGGCAAGCAGGCUGGGCUGUGGAACCUCUGGAUUCCCGCUCUGGAUGCAGGUGUGCCUGUAGCGCCUGUCCUGCGCGAGUGCCAGAGCCGGGGGCUGCUGGGGGUGGGGCUGUCGAAUCUGGACCAUGCGCACGCCAUUUCCCACCGUCCCCAAGCUUCUCCGCCAUUUCCCCCCCUUUCCCUCUCCCCUCUCUCAGGAUGCAGGUGUGCCUGUAACGGCUGUCCUGCGCGAGUGCCAGAGCCGGGGGCUGCUGGGGGUGGGGCUGUCGAAUCUGGACCAUGCGCACGCCAUUUCCCACCGUCCCCAAGCUUCUCCGCCAUUUCCCCCCCUUUCCCUCUCCCCUCUCUCAGGAUGCAGGAUGCAGGUGUGCCAGUAACGCCUGUCCUGCACGAGUGCCAGAGCCGGGGGCUGCUGGGAGCAGGGCUGUCGAAUCUGGACUAUGCGCACGUGUGCAAGGAGAUGGGCAAGAGCGUGUGGGCGCCUGAGCUCUUCAACUGCUCCGCGCCUGACACAGGCAACAUGGAGGUGUGGAUAAAUGGGAUUCGGCUGCUAAGGGCGAGGCUGUCGAAUCUGGACUAUGCGCACGUGUGCAAGGAGAUGGGCAAGAGCGUGUGGGCGCCUGAGCUCUUCAACUGCUCCGCGCCUGACACAGGCAACAUGGAGGUUCUCCUGCGCUACGGCAACGAGCAGCAGCAACGGGAGUGGCUGGUGCCUCUUCUAGAAGGCAAGAUCCGUUCGUGCUUCGCCAUGACGGAACCACGAGUGGCGUCCAGCGAUGCCACCAACAUUGAGGCGCGGAUAGAGAGUGCGGAAGACCACUAUAUCUUACACGCCCACAAGUGGUGGGCCAGCGGUGCGUCUGACCCGCGCUGCCAGCUCGCCAUCUUCAUGGGCAAACACCCCGAGCGAGCCGCGUCCUCUGGUCCCCACUCCGCGCCCGCACACAGGCAGCAGUCCAUGCUGCUCGUGCCCAUGAAUGCCCCUGGGGUAACGGUGGUGCGGCCGCUGCUGGUGUUUGGGUAUGAUGAUGCACCGCACGGGCACUCCGAGGUGCUGUUUGAAGGGGUUAAAGUGCCCAAGGCGAACGUGCUGCUGGGCGAAGGGCGAGGUUUUGAGAUUGCCCAGGGUCGGUUGGGUCCCGGUCGGUUGCACCACUGCAUGAGGCUGAUAGGAGCCACAGAGCGAGCCAUGGACUGCAUGCUCCAGCGGGCUCUCUCCCGGGUGGCGUUCGGGCGCCCGCUGGGCGGCAACGAGUCGGUGGUGCGGGAUACUGCCGAAUGCCGCAUCACGCUGGAGGCGGCACGGCUGCUGGUGCUGCAGGCGGCUGCUGAGUUGGAUGCCAAGGGGAACAAGGAGGCUCGAAUUGCCAUUGCCAUGGCUAAGGUGGCUGCGCCCCGGGCAGCUCAAAAAGUUCUCGACAGGGCAAUCCAGGUGCAUGGGGGCGGGGGGGUGAGCUCAGACUUCCCGCUUGCCCGCCUGUGGACGGCAGCGCGCACUCUGCGCAUUGCUGACGGUCCAGAUGAGGUGCACCUGGCUUCGAUUGGAAAGAAGGAGCUGCGAGAUUGGCAGAAGAAGAUGAUGGGGGGUGCCAGGAGUGGCAGGUCGGGUAAGAGUGGAGGGUCAGCCCGGUUGUAG